ACUUCUCUCACUCAGUCAUUAGCCAUACACUGUCUGUCUUUAAGCUUUCUCCAAUUUAUUUUUUUAAUAUCAAUAUUAUUAAUGUAAUCUCUCUCUUUCUCUCUCUCUCUGACUUGCUAUAGUUAAAACACUUUCUCUCUCUUACUCUCUCUCUCUCUCUGUCAUUUGUACUUAACAAACUGCUAAUCAGAUCAUACAAACAGUUUUUCUUUUUAAUGAUUGUGAUUUUCCUUCACUUUCUCGACAUCCAAACAAUAUAGUUUCCAGCUCCCAAAUCCCUGGAAACUUAGAUAUUUUUCAGUGUGUGUUCAAUCAUCACUUGGGCAACUACUGUUAGUUGCUUGGGAAUUGAACUAGUGCGAGCUGGAAUAGAGUGAUUCUUGAUGGUGGAUUUGUUAUUACUGUUAGGGUUUGAGAGGUUACUGAAUGUGCUCUUGAUGGGUUAAUAGAUGGAAAGAGAAAUAAAUAAAUAAAUUGGUUGUGGUGGUGGUGGUGAUGUCUCGAACUGAUAGAAUGGCCUCGGAUCUUAGUAGAACUGGCCCAGUUGAAAGGGACAUCGAGCAGGCCAUCACUGCUCUAAAGAAAGGGGCUUACUUGCUCAAGUAUGGGAGAAGGGGAAAACCCAAGUUUUGUCCUUUCCGUCUUUCCAAUGAUGAGUCAGUUCUGAUAUGGUUCUCAGGGAAAGAGGAGAAACAUCUUAAACUAAGUCAUGUUUCCAGAAUAAUAUCUGGGCAACGCACUCCGAUCUUUCAAAGGUAUCCACGACCUGAGAAGGAGUACCAAUCCUUUUCUCUUAUAUAUAACGAAAGAUCACUGGAUUUGAUCUGCAAAGAUAAAGAUGAAGCGGAGGUGUGGUUUAGUGGUUUGAAAGCACUAAUUACGCGUAGUCAUCAAAGAAAAUGGAGAACAGAAUCAAGGAGUGAUGGAAUUCCAUCUGAAGCAAAUAGUCCUAGGACAUACACUCGUAGAAGUUCUCCUCUGAACUCUCCAUUUGGUAGUAAUGACAGUUUGCAGAAGGAUGGAGAUCAGCUUCGUCUUCAUAGUCCAUAUGAAAGUCCCCCUAAAAAUGGUCUGGACAAGGCAUUUUCAGAUGUGAUAUUAUAUGCUGUUCCUCCCAAGGGCUUUUUUCCCUCAGAUUCUGCUAGUGCUUCAGUACAUUCUUUGUCAUCUGGUGGCUCAGAUAGUGUACGUGGGCAUAUGAAAGCGAUGGCAAUGGAUGCCUUCAGAGUUAGCCUAUCUAGUGCUGUUAGCUCGUCUAGCCAAGGUUCUGGUCAUGAUGACAGCGAUGCCUUGGGAGAUGUCUUCAUUUGGGGGGAAGGAACAGGGGAUGGUGUCCUAGGAGGUGGAGCUCAUAGAGCUGGAAGUGGCUUUGGUGUAAAAUUGGAUUCCUUAUUGCCAAAAGCCUUAGAAUCAACUGUAGUACUUGAUGUUCAGAACAUAGCUUGUGGUGGAAGACAUGCAGCCUUAGUUACCAAGCAAGGAGAGGUUUUCUCUUGGGGGGAGGAAUCAGGAGGCAGGCUUGGGCAUGGUGUAGACUCUGAUGUUUUACAUCCAAAGCUUAUUGAUUCCCUUAGUAAUAUAAACAUUGAGCUUGUGGCGUGUGGUGAAUACCAUACCUGUGCUGUAACACUUUCUGGUGAUUUGUACACUUGGGGUGACGGCACUUACAAUUUUGGUCUUCUUGGGCAUGGUAAUGAAGUAAGUCACUGGGUCCCAAAAAGAGUGAAUGGGCCCUUGGAAGGCAUACAUGUCUCAUCCAUUUCUUGUGGACCCUGGCAUACAGCAGUUGUAACCUCUUCCGGGCAAUUGUUUACUUUUGGUGAUGGUACAUUCGGUGUUCUGGGUCAUGGAGAUAGGAAAAGUGUUUCAAUUCCAAGGGAAGUGGAAUCCCUCAAAGGUCUUCGCACUGUACGAGCAGCCUGUGGUGUUUGGCAUACUGCUGCAGUUGUAGAAGUCAUGGUUGGGAAUUCAAGUUCCAGCAAUUGUUCUUCAGGAAAGCUGUUCACUUGGGGAGAUGGAGAUAAAGGUCGACUUGGGCAUGGUGACAAGGAAGCAAAACUGGUUCCUACAUGUGUUGCUGCUCUGGUUGAACCUAACUUUUGCCAAGUUGCAUGCGGACAUAGUCUGACAGUUGCACUUACAACCUCAGGCCAUGUCUACACGAUGGGCAGUCCUGUUUAUGGCCAGCUAGGAAACCCCCAAGCUGAUGGAAAGCUACCCAACCGAGUUGAAGGAAGGCUCUCUAAGAGUUUUGUUGAGGAGAUUGCUUGCGGUGCUUAUCAUGUUGCAGUCUUAACUUCAAAAACAGAAGUCUAUACCUGGGGCAAGGGAGCAAAUGGACGAUUAGGCCACGGGGAUACUGAUGAUAGAAAUUUCCCAUCAUUGGUAGAAGCCCUGAAAGACAAACAAGUGAAAAGUAUUGCUUGUGGCACUAAUUUUACUGCUGCUAUCUGCCUUCAUAAGUGGGUUUCUGGGAUUGAUCAGUCUAUGUGCUCUGGUUGCCGCCUUCCAUUUAAUUUCAAAAGAAAACGGCACAACUGUUAUAAUUGUGGACUGGUUUUUUGUCAUUCAUGCAGCAGUAAAAAGUCUCUUAAGGCUUCCAUGGCACCAAAUCCCAACAAACCUUUUCGUGUCUGUGAUAAUUGCUAUAGUAAAUUGAGGAAAGCAAUUGAAACUGAUGCUUCAUCUCAGUCUUCUGUGAGCAGACGAGGUAGUGUCAAUCAUGGGUCUAAUGAGUUCAUUGAUAAAGAUGAGAAGUUGGACUCUAGAUCACGUGCUCAACUUGCUAGGUUUUCAUCAAUGGAAUCCUUGAAGCAGGCAGAAAAUAGAUCUAAGAGAAACAAGAAACUGGAAUUCAACAGUAGCCGUGUUUCACCUGUCCCUAAUGGAGGCUCCCAAUGGGGGGCACUUAAUAUUUCAAAAUCAUUUAAUCCUAUGUUUGGUUCAUCCAAAAAAUUUUUCUCAGCUUCCGUUCCUGGGUCACGAAUUGUUUCUCGAGCAACAUCACCAAUAUCGAGACGACCCAGCCCACCUCGCUCAACAACACCAACCCCAACCCUUGGUGGACUAACCUCACCAAAACUUGUUGUAAAUGAUGCUAAGAGAACAAAUGAGAGCCUUAGCCAGGAGGUUAAUAAAUUGAGAGCACAGGUGGAGGGUCUUACUCGCAAAGCCCAGGUCCAAGAAGUUGAGUUGGAAAGGGCAGCUAAACAGCUGAAGGAAGCAAUAGCAAUUGCAGGAGAAGAGACUGCUAAAUGCAAAGCGGCAAAGGAAGUCAUCAAGUCGCUGACUGCCCAAUUAAAGGACAUGGCUGAAAGGCUUCCAGUAGGAGCAGCCCGGAACAUCAAAUCUCCUUCCUUUACUUCUUUUGGCCCAACUCCUGCUUCAAAUGAUAUUUCUAGUGCUGCUGCUGAUCGUCUGAAUGGUCAAAUAGCAUCCCAAGAACCAGAUACAAAUGGAUUAAACAGCCAGUUGUUGUCUAAUGGAUCUACCACCACCAGUAUGCGUAAUUCCGGGCACAACAAACAAGGGCAUGUGGAAGCAACAGUCAGAAAUGGAAGCAGAACAAAGGAAACCGAAACACACCAUGAAGCUGAAUGGGUUGAGCAAGAUGAGCCUGGAGUAUACAUAACACUUACCUCCCUGCCAGGAGGUGUCAAGGAUCUUAAACGAGUGCGCUUCAGCCGGAAGCGGUUCAGUGAGAAGCAAGCGGAACAGUGGUGGGCAGAGAACAGAGCAAGAGUGUAUGAACAAUACAAUGUGCGCACGAUUGACAAGUCAAGUGUUGGUGUCGGGAGUGAGGAUUUGGCUAACUAGCACUUGAAGAAAUAAUUUUUAACUAUAUCCCUGUAGAUGAAAUCUUAUUCUUCAUUUUCGGCCCCUCGUACUGGGAGGCAAUCUUCACCAAUUAGGUUUGGCUUACCGAUUGGACUCGGCUUCCAUCCGUUUCGACAAGUAUAUAGAAGCAAAUACAGCUAUAACAGAGUGAAACAGAGGGGUUUGAUUGUGUUUUCAUUUCUUUUAACCCUUUUUUUUUUUUCUCUCUUUGAUUUUUCAUGGUUUAAUCAAAUUUUUUUCCCGUAUAUGUACGGUGUGUGAGGGGGGUUGAGGAUGAGAAAUGUAAAUUCUUAGUAGGUUGCUGGCUCUUGUUGGAAAAAGCAGCUGCCAUGUAAAUUCAUAAAGCAAAAAUGCAUUACAGAUUUUCCUUUUUUCCUCUUUGGUUUAUAUAAUUCAGCUCAGGCUUGUCCAAAA